AUGGUUAAGGCGAACCUAGAGCCUAGUGCCGGCGGAUGGACCACUCGCCAGUGGAGGCUGGGAUACCGCGCGACUCGCACGCGCCACCCGUUUCGAGCGAGUUCCAAAUUUAAAUCGACGCAAAGUGACAGUUGGUGACUGUGUUUUGUUUUUAGAUUUUUACAGUGCGAAGGAUCAUAUUGAAACAUUUACACUACCUGGACGUAACGACAAUGUGAUUCAACACAGUGGUUCAAGCAACAACAACACGGACAAAAAAGUGAAAUAAUGUUAAUAUGAAAGUGUGUGUGGGAUAAAAUUGCAAAUAACUAGGAUGUGAAACGAUGUUGGCAUGUGUGCGGGCGGGCAGAGAGGUUCGCGCGCCGGACGGACACACCGCGCAACACAGUGCGCAACGCGCACGAAGCGCCCAGCGCAACUUCGAUUGGUGGAUUGUACUGUUUUUCGUGCUACUUUGCGUUCGCAGCAGCAGGAGCGGCGUAUCACUGGGCGCGCACCUCGUGUGCGCACGCGUCGCCGGCCUCACCGACAAGCAGCGCAACAUGUGCCGCGCCACGCCCGCCGCCAUCGCCGCCGUUGGGGACGGCCUCAGGAUGGCGUAUGCAGAGUGCCGGCAGCAGCUGUCCGGGCACCGAUGGAACUGCUCCGGAGUGGGCGACGGGAACGAUUUCGGACACGUCAUGCCUUUAGCUACUAAGGAGGCCGCCUUCACGUACGCCAUAACAUCGGCUGGCGUCACGCAUGCGCUGAGCGCGGCGUGCGCGCGAGGCGACCUGCCUGCAUGUGGCUGUGCAGCUAACAACAGGAGGCGACCAGCGACAGAGCAGUUCCAAUGGGGUGGCUGUGGAGAAGCCGCGUACGGAGCGAGAUUCGCGCGUAGAUUUCUCGAUGCAAGAGAAUUGGAUGCAGACGCGCGCGGUCGUAUGAACCUGCACAACAACCGCGUCGGCAGGAAGGUGAGCGAGAUGGUGAAGGACCUCGUCCGCCGCGAGUGCAAGUGUCACGGCGUUUCUGGAUCCUGCGCCAUGCGGACCUGCUGGAGAGCCCUGCCACAGUACAAAGCUGUGGCUACCGCUCUUCGGGAGAAGUACAAGAAGGCCAAGCUGGUCGCUCCUCAGCCACCCCAGUCUCAUUUGGUCAUACGCAGAUCAAAGCAAACAAUGGCGGUGGGCCGGCAGCCGCGGAAGUCUGAACUAGUGUAUUUGGAACCGUCCCCCUCGUACUGCGAACCUGAUGCAGUCUCAGGGUCGCUCGGCACGCACGGAAGAGAAUGCAACAGGACUUCCAGAGGUGAAGACGGCUGUGAAACACUCUGCUGCGGCCGGGGUUACAACACCGUGCGGGCAGUCAAAACCACCCAAUGUCGCUGUCGCUUCCACUGGUGCUGUCGCGUCAGUUGCGAAACUUGCGUUGUCCGUACUGAGACGCAUGUGUGUAAAUAGCCAGUGAACCGAUAAACAAGUGUUGACCUGCCGUCUCUCUUCUAUUGGUGUUGCCGCGUCAGCUGUAGCUGAGUUGUCCGCACCGAGGCGCAAGUGUGUAAAUAGCCAGUGAACCGUCAAACUUCUUAGUGUCAAGGCAUCAGGACUACUGCCGUUUCUAUUGAUGUUAUGUCAGCUGCGAUACAGCGUCGUCCGCACUGAGAUCCAUGUGUGUAAAUAGCCAGUGCUGGCCACUAGCAACUGUGCUGCGACACCUAGGUCAUCCACACUAAAGCGCAUGUAAAUAACAUGGGUACUGUGCUCUUCUGCGCCACCUAUUAUAUAUCGUGUGCGCACUGAGACGCAUGGGUAUAAAUAGCCAUCGCUGAACCGUCAAACCAGAGCUGAAGUGUUGAAAUAACUGUGACAAUGUGCAAAUACAUCAAAUCCGUGCUAGAUCCCUAGUAUAGAUCCGUCAAAGGGACCCGAUGCCGUAGCUCCUACCUAUUUGAUAACAUGGGACUAAGUCAUCGAAAAUGAAAUAACAUUGUGACAUAAUUGUACGGGUUAUAAAACCUAAUAAAUUGUACUAUCCUCGUAAGAUAUUUCUAUAAGGGCCACUUGCACCAUUUGACUAACCGGGGGUAAAGCGGUUAAACCCAGUGUCAAAUUGUACUGGUAACCAUUGUAUCUCCAGGUUUAACCGGUUAACCUCGGGUUGGUUAUUGUUGCAAGUGGCCCUUGUACCGAAGUACAAGUACGCCUCGACGGCUUAUAGGUACUCGUACAAAAUGGAAUAUUGUGUUUUUUGACUACCCUUUUGUAUGUUUUUUUAAGAAUGACUGUAUUUAAUUUAAAAAUAAAAUAUAACGGAAAUAGUGACUGCUACUGAUGACACAUUGCACUGUUAAACCAUGUGUGUGUUAAUUGUACAAUAUCCGAAUGUGUUUUAAUGUUUUGUAUGUAUACUUAAUCAACCAAUAACUCCAGACACCUGGUGUUAAAGCGAUUUGUUGCGAUUCAAAUUCAAAGUCCGACAAUCGAGUGAUUCGUCUAUCUGUACUUAUCUAUGCUCACUACUGCCAUAUUCAGAACAUCACCCCACCGAUUAAAUAAACAAUUAUACGGAAAAACCUCAAGAACAAGCGCUUUAGCAACGGUGUUGAACGGGCAUUUGUACAUAUAUUAAUGUCUUUAGGUACAAUAUUAUAACCUUUUAACCGCCGUAGUCUGAUAUAUAAGUCAUACAAUAUCCAGCUCAUUUCGCGGAGUCUCAUAAAUAAGACAAAAUUUCGUAUAACUUCGUACCGUCGGUGACUAGCACGCGCUCGAUGAAAAAUUUUAGGUGGUUGAAAGGUUAAUAAAAUUUUAAUAUUGACGAUGUGCAUAAAUGCCUCUUAUUCAUAAUGAAGGUGUCUUGUUUUGAACGCACUACUAAUUCGUGUAUUCUGUUUGUAGGUGAUUAGCCUACCUAUUUGUAUUUAUGGCAGUAAGAGCCACAGGGACGUUCCAGGGUAAGCCAACUAACUUGGAGUUAACCGUUUGGACCACUUGUACCAUGCCACUAACCCGGGGUUAACCGGUUUAACCUGGAGUUACCAAGGAUACCUGUACAAUUUGACACUGGGUCAACGGUUUAACCAGUUAACCCCGGGUUAGUGGAAUGGUGCGUGGUGGUGGCGCAUCGGGUUCAAAUGUACUAGUCCGAGUUAAUUGGCUAGCCCUCGAACGUGCAGUGGCCCUAAUUGCAAUAGCUUUUUAAGAUCCGCAGCGUAUUUUUUAAACACAUAUCAGCAUAUUUUCAAACUAUCCAAGGUUUCAAACAAUUAAUCGGUUUUUAGGGGCCUGAAAUGUAAAAUAUUACAAUUAGGUAGUAUUAGUGUCCGACCGAAAAUGUUUUUUUUUGCCGAAACUGUAGGUUCAAUUUGCUCUAGUUUCUGUCGAAUCGAAAUCAAACCUUCUGCCGAAACCUACUUAUUAUGCCGAAUCCGAACCCGAAACUUCGAUCGAACACUAGGUACCGAAACUACAGUUUCAGCGCGGUCGAAAGGUUCGUUGCUUUGGCCGAAACCGAACCUUCGGCCAAAACAUGAUUUUUAUGGCGAAACCGAAACUUCGGUCAGACAUUACUAUUUAAGUUGUUCCUUCUUGGGAACGGGGUCCCGUAAUUUGGAACCUUAUGAAGCUAGUGAAAAAAUAUUUUCCAACGAAAAACCGUCCAAUUUCACUUACGGUAAUCUACUAUGUAGCAAAGGCAGUAGCAAGAGUAAUUAAGCGGGCUAAGUGACCAAAUAUAUCUGUACAACUUUGUCGCUAAGAGGGUAUAAUAGAGCUAAUAUCAUAUGAAUUGUGAACUUUUUGGCUUGGGCUGGUGGAGAUAUUAAACUAUUAUUUCUACGCAUAGAACCAGUGUUUUGUGGCAUGAGUUGUUGUUGGCCGACAACAAACCAUGGAAGCGGAGCGUGAAUCUCGCGACCUAAACGCGUAAGCGCCAUGAUUUUUCACGGCGCUUAUGAAUUUUUGGGUCGCGUGGUUCACGUCCGCUCCCCUAGCGUACAGGUUGCGAUUGCGACAAUUUCAUUAUUUGGUAUGGCUUCUCUUUAGUAGUAAAUAUAACUCAGACAGAAAAGUGAAAGAGUAGUGAUGGCUAAUCUGAACGACGCUGUGUAGAUCAUUUAGAAUACAUCGCCCGCCUAGCUAUUUUUGAUGCUGACUGUAAUAAGAUGUAAAUAUACUUCAUAUGUACAAGUUUUCAUCCUUACAACCAUUUUUCAUGCAUUUAAAGUAAGACUCAACGGCUUUAAAAUAGUAUUUAUUAAGUGUUUCUUAAAUUUAAUAAGUACUUAACUCGUCUUAAACAUUCCACGUAGAUUAAGCUAACUUAUUCACUUAACAUUGCGAUUUUUUAAAUAAAAGUUUGACACAUUUGA